AUGGGGCUGGGCUGGCGGCCGGCCCUGCUGGCCCUGCUGCUGGGGCUGGGUGGGGCCCCGGGUGGGGGCCCCCGGGCACAGGAGCAGCUCCCCCAAGAGUCCCACAACCUCAACUGGCGCAAGUUCUCAGGCUUCUGGUACGUGCUUGCCAUCGCCUCCGACGCCCAGGGGAUGCUGCCGCACCGAGGCCAGAGGAAGCUGGGCGCGUCCGUAGUGCAGGUUCAGGAGGUGGGCCAGCUGAAGGUGGUGCUCGCCUUGAACCGGUCCCAGGGGUGCCAGACACACUCGCUAAUCCUGCGGAGAGACAGGAAGAAGCCGGUGUUCAGGAACACCUGUGCGUACCCACUGGGCCAUGGCGGGCUGAGGGAGGGCCUGAGGGGCGUGGAGGGCUUCCGCGUGAUGGUCCCCGACUACAGCGCCAGCGUGGUCUACCUGCGCCUGGGCCGGGCCGGCCGGACCACCAGGACCCUGCUGCUGUUCAGCAGACAGCCCAUGUGCAGCUUCCUGAGCAUGAAAAAGUUCAUCAACGCGUGUGAGGCCCUGGGGCUCGCCAGCCGUGUGGCUGUGCUCCCGAAAGACGGGCCCCCCGAGAAGACCAGUGGCCGGGGCCGGGUCCCUGCGGGGCGGCUGGGGGCCAGGGCCCGAGGCCCCAGGGGAACUGCCAUGCGUGCCCGGCAGACAUGGGCUCUCCUUCCCCUGCAGCCUCCUGCGCGCACACCAUCCUGCCAUGAGCCGGCCACCCACCUGCUCCUCCCCAUGAGGCUCGGCUUGUGA